AUGUCGUCGAAAGUUGAUAUUUCCACCACAACAACUCUUAUUGUUAUUGAUGUGCAAAAAGGUUUUCGUGAUGAACAAUAUUGGGGUGGUCAUCGAUGUACACCAGAUUUGGAACAAAAUAUUACAAAGCUCUUGACAGGUUUUCGUAAAGCUCAUUUGCCCAUUAUACAUGUCAAGCAUGAUUCAAUAAUUCCAACUUCACCUCUUCGUCCUUCGAAUGCUGGAAACGAAAUUGAAGAUUAUGCCAAGCCAUUAGCUACGAACAAUGAACCACUUUUGCACAAAUCGGUUAAUUCUGCUUUCAUUGGAACAGAUCUCGAGAAACGUCUUCGAGAACAAGGUACAUCGACAUUAGUUAUUGUAGGUUACACAACUAAUCAUUGCUGUGAGACGACAGCAAGAAUGGCCAAUAAUCUUGGUUUCAAUGUAUUUUUUGUACGAGAUGCAACAGCAACGUUCGAUCGACACUUUGAAGGCAAAACUAUCAAAGCAAACGAGGUGCAUUUCAAUACAUUAGCAACUUUGAAUGAAGAGUUUGCAACAAUAAUAACAUCUCAAGAAAUAUUAGAGGCCAUUACUAAAUUAUAA